AUGAGCGGAAACUUCCUUACCAUACCCGGGGAUGAUCCCAUACAGAGAAGAUCACGGUCUGUCAAUAAGCAUAUAUUAUUUCAAUAUCAACGUUUAACAACCAUGUUUGUCCAACAGAGUUCGUCAUUGACAGAUUUAAUAUCUGCGUUCGACAAUAAAGCUCAAGCCCACACAGAACUUCAGAAAAUAACAGCCUUCAGUGGCAGCUUCGAUAAGAAUCUUAAACCAACAUUCUCCAAAGAUGAAUAUGGAAAACCCAUCCCAGGAUCAAAGACUGAGCACAGAGGGGCUGAAGCACAGGCAAGAGUUUGUACGGAAAUGAAAGAACUUUGCGAAAUUAUUAACGAAUACGGAAAGAGCCCCUGCAAGAGCCUUUUACCACCGGAACUGAAAGAUGCCACUAAAGUUAUAUCAUUUGGUGAACUAUUCACAAUAUACACAGUGAUCUCAGACAAACUCGUUGGCAUAUUGCUAAGGACGAGGAAGCAUCAACUGACGUUUUUUGAAGGCGAAGUCUUAUUCCAGAAACGAGAUGACGACGUUCCAGUGUUUCUAAUGCAGCCCAUUCAAGAUAUUCGAGCGUACUGCGACAACAAAGCACUACAGGCGAGGCGAUCCGUCUCUCCGAUGCCUAAUUAA